AUGGAUACGCCCUCCGUGAGGGUCCCGACCCCUGGAUCUACACAAGGAUCAGAUGACUCACCAUGCUCUCAAGACAUGAAGCAACCCGAAUGGCAGGGGAAGGAGCUCACCGUAUUCCUCCCUAUCCCUGACUACUACAAAUGUACUGAAGAGGACUGCCGCCACUGUUUUCGGUCGGCUGCCUGGACGUCACAGCGCGCAUCCCUCACGCGACACUUGGACCAGGAGCAUAACAUCCGCAUAGACGUGAUCAAGUAUGAAUGCAGCUUAUGUGAAGCGAAGCUCGGAUCCCGCCCGUCCAACCACCGGUGCAGUGGGCAGAAGGUAGUCAGCAGCCAGACCGCCGCUUUUAAGAACAAGUGUAGCCGAUGCAGCCUGACAUUCCCAACAAAGAAGGGGCGGACCAACCACGAAGCCACCCACCGAAGACAGGAUGCCAGGGACAGGCGGACUGCUGGCUCCAGAGAGCUUGAAGACGGACCCACCGCGGAACAUUCAGAAGGGACGAGUGUUCUCCACAUCAACUCUGUCCCCUUCGAACCACCAGGAUACGAAACAUUGGUGAUCGAUGCCUACCCCAUGGCCCCCUCAAGCCCCACGGAUGGUGAAGAAACAACGUCAAGUUCACCUGCGCCGCACAUUGGGCAAGAACAACAUGAACACGAGGAACAAGGAGACCAAGCCGGUGUAACUCCUGCGGAAACCGGCGUGGAGAAGGGUGUCAUCACACCGCAUCACCUGAGAGAAAUAGGCUCUGAGCAUGGCAGCUCAGAUGCCAUGCCCUACAAUCAAUGUGGCUCGCAGAAAGACAGGAGCGAAGGCACCGCCACACCUGACACGCCUAUUGUGAGGGAGAGUGACAGGCUGCAUGGAGAGGACCGGAUUACAAGCCCAGCAAGAGAUCCUUUCCCGCCAAACGACGAUGAGACCUGGGAAGCCUUCGAGGAAAUCCUGCGCAGGGCUACAGAGACCGUAGCCAGCCACGCGCGAUUACCUGAGGCCGGGACACGGACACAGCGGACCAUCAAUCCUGCUAACCCGAAAGAGAUACAAGCACUCUACGGCAGAAAUCGAAGACAAGCGGUACGGCUUAUCACUCAAGGGAAGCCCCAGCACUGCGAGAUACGAGUGGACGACGUAGAACGGCACUUCAAGGAGACAUGGCAGGAGAAGGAAGGCAAUACGGAGCUCCUCCCUGAAAGGCCACGGGCAUCAGAAGAGGUCCAACUACACCAAUUCUCGCCUGAAGAGGUCCUGAGGCGACUAAGAAGAUGCGAAAAUACAGCACCCGGCGACGACCGCCUCACAUAUCAACACUGGAAGUCCACAGACCCGGAAUGCCGAUUCUUGGCGGCAGCUUUCAACAUCUGCCUUAGAUUCUCAAGGGUACCGCAAGACUGGAAGAAAUCUCGCGUCAUCCUUAUUCACAAGAAAGGAAGUCGCACCGAAAUCACCAAUUGGCGUCCCAUAUCGCUCAUCCGAACCAUAGCAAAACUCUUCACCGGGUGCCUUGCCUCCCGAGUGCUGCAAUGGGGCAUGGACAACGAGGUUCUCUCACCAUGUCAAAAGGGGUUCCUCCCUUACGAUGGAGUCCUCGAACACAAUUUCGUCCUCCAAGAGCGCCUGGAUAGAGCGAGAACGGAAAAGGGGGACCUAUACGUGGGGUUCCUUGACUUCUCCAACGCCGUUGGAUCGAUUCCUCACCAGAUACUAACCGAAGCAGCACGCUGCGCAGGCGCGGGAGAAAGGUUCUGCGGCAUCCUCAACAAUCUAUAUUGCGACAAUGAGACCACCAUCGCCUGCAACGACCAAACGACCGAGCCCAUCCCGGUACAGUCAGGCAUACGGCAAGGUUGCCCCAUCAGCGGCAUAUUAUUCAACAUCGUGAUCGAUGUCAUCAUCCGGCGCAUCCAGGGAGACAGCAAGGACCACAAUAUCCUUGCAUAUGCCGAUGAUCUCACCCCCCUCGCCCCCACACCGGAGGACCUGCAGGCAAGAUUAGAGACAAUCAACAGUAUGGCCAGUGAACUUGGACUCACGUUGAACCCAGCAAAGUGCCCAGAGGCCUUCAAGUACCUUGGACGCCCCGUUAGCUUCAACCUGUUCCCGGAUACUGCGACUGUCUCCGAUGCCAUUGAGCUUGGCAAAACACUCCUGGAGUCGAUGCUGGCCCCGUGGCAAAGGAUCGACGCUAUCAAGACGUUUCUGUACCCUGGCCUAAACUUCGCCAUGAGAAUGAGAUACAUUCAGAAAACAGAGUGGAAGCGCCUAGACGACACCCUUCGACCACUUAUUAAGAAGACACUAUACCUGCCAAAAAGUGCUACAUCAGGCUACAUCUAUGGGAGCCCGCAAACUGGCGCAUGCGGAGUGCCUCACGCUGCCGAGCUAAGCGACAUAUGCCGCAUUGAUACGGCCUACAAACUACUAACAUCCCCGGACCAGACUGUUGCCGACCUAGCCAGCGCAGCCCUGACGACCGCAGCCGUGAAACGCUCCCGGAACGAGGACGUUGCGCCCGACCUCGCAGCGUACCUAUCGGGUGAGGGAGAAGUCUUUGAAGGGCCAUCCCGGGGGAUAAAGAACAUAUGGACAGAGGCAAGGAAGGCAUCAAAGAGAAAUUCCAUCACUUGGGAGUUCCGACCCGAAGGCCCAGAGCUUACGACAGGCGACACAACCAUCAACGCCAUGCAAAGAAACAAAGUUGUGUCAACACUUCCUAAGCUAACCGCCACAAGGGACGACCAUCUGCAAUCCCUUCCCAAUCAAGGGAAGGUGCUGGAAUGCGUGGCGCUUGACCGCUCCAGCACGCACUUUAUGAGAACUGGAAUGUUCACACGCUUCGCAGACUGGAGGUUCAUCCACCGGGCCCGUUUGAACCUGUUGCCGUUAAACGCAGCAAGACCAUGGGAGCAAGGAGACAAGCGAUGCAGGAGGUGCGGCGCCGAACUAGAGACCCUACCCCACGUGGCGAACCACUGCAUGCGCUACUCUGCACUCUACACGGCCCGCCACAACAAGGUCGUUAGGCGGAUCAGGCAAGCAGCAGAGGCACGAUACACUGUGAUCUCGGAGAACCAGGCGAUAGGGGACACUGGACUGAGGCCGGACCUUGUUGUCGCACGAGGAGAAGAAGCGAUUGUAUACGACGCCACAGUUGUGUUUGACAAUCGACGGGAAGCCUUCCGCAACGCAAGGGCCGAGAAAGAACAAAAAUACAGCGUCGUACGGGAUCACCUGCGACAAAGGUUUCAGCGGAUGAGAGUCGAGGCAGUAGUGAUCGGAAGCCUGGGCAGUUGGGAUCCCAAAAAUGACAGGGCCCUAGCACCGAUCUGCUCCAAAUCUUACCUUCGACUCAUGAAGAAACUCUGCGUCAGCGAGGUGAUUGCAGCCACAAGGGACGUUUACUACAGCCACGUCACGGGCACCGCACCACGCGAAACCAACUCAUAA